GCCAUAAUCAAUCCCUGGCUUCUCUCUCUCUCACACAUAUCAGCAUCAACAUCAUCAUGCAAACUCCCUCCUUCACGGCCUACACAUCCUUUAGUACUACUGAGAGUGCAAGUUUGGAAGCUGAUGAAAAUUGCAUUUUUCUUUCUCUUGGACCAGCUCCUGACGUACACAUCCGGAAGAAUCCUAGAUAUAUUCCCUACUCUAACCACACUGUGCGUCACCAAACUACAUCUUCUAGUCCUCAUGAUCAGGAUGAUGUAUCAGUAGCCCUUCACGUUGGUCCUCCAUCUGGAUCCAGUUCUAGCAACCCUAAUGACAUCGCUGCACCUGCUGUAGGCCAAUACUGGAUUCCUUCUCCCGCACAGAUCCUUGCUGGCCCAGCACAGUUCUCAUGCACUGUCUGCAACAAAACAUUCAACAGAUACAACAACAUGCAGAUGCAUAUGUGGGGGCAUGGAUCACAAUACCGGAAGGGCCCAGAAUCUUUGAGAGGGUCGAAACCGUCUUCUUCUAUACUGAGACUGCCAUGCUAUUGCUGUGCUGAGGGUUGCAAGAACAAUAUAAAGCAACCAAGGUCAAAGCCGUUGAAAGAUUUCCGGACCCUGCAGACUCAUUACAAGCGAAUGCACGGAGCCAAACCAUACGGGUGCAGAAAAUGUGGAAAAGCAUUCGCUAUCCGAGGGGAUUGGAGGACUCACGAGAAGAAUUGUGGGAAGCUCUGGUUUUGUAUUUGUAGCUCUAACUUCAAACACAAGAGGUCCCUUAAGGACCAUGUUAGGGCAUUUGGAGAAGGUCACGCUCCGCACUCUAUGGAUCAGCUGUGUGAGGGUGAAGAAGAAGAAGAACGUAAUGAUGACGAAGACAUUGAAAAUGGAGGCCAUGGGUCUGUUUUCUUUUGGUAAUACACUUGGAGUUUAAUCUUUUGCUAAGAUUAAGGUCUAGUAAUUAGUGCCUCUAUUUUCCGUUGUGUGAGAGGUUGAAAUAGAAUGAAGACGAACGGCGUAAUGAAACCCAAGGUUCUUUGCAUUAAUCAGUGUGUGUUGUGUGUAUGAGAGAGA